AUGGAAACCUCCCAAAUUCAGCAGGAAAAUGCCGAGAUCAUCAAAUCGACAAUGAAUUUUGCAAAAAGCGCGCCAUUUCGAGAUCGAAAGACUCCGCUGAACUCUGAUAUCAACACUUGUGUCACUAUCGAUAGCUCGCAAGGCAAAAGGCGACAGAUGGGUACUUCACGUCAAGAAAAAUCAAGAUGGUACGAUUGA